GGUUUUCUCAUUUCUGCUUCUCCGCCUCUCUCUCCUCCAAAACCCUUCUUCUUCUUCUCUCUCCCUAAAACCCUAACUAACCCCUUAUCCCUAGUUUCAGCCACUUUCUCUCUCCUCUCCCCCCAAACCCUAGCCCCUAAAUUGGAUCCAACAUGAUGAACGUCGUCCUUCGGAGGCGGACUCUCGCCGCCAUCGAGUCCCUGCUCCACCGCCGCCAAUUCUCGAUAGCCGCGGCCGGCGCUGUUAGGUCCGGAAAUCGCGGUCCCGGCGCUGAGGUUGAGUCCUCCAUUUCUAGGGUUCUGCAGCGGGAGAGCCCGUUAGGGUUUGGAGUUAGGAGCUUCCACGUGAAAUCUGGCCCGUUGGAUUAUCGCGCCUCGUCGAUUUUGCAGGCUGAGUACGCCGUUGAUGUGGAUUCCUUUGAAGAUUCGUCGAAAGUGAGCGGUAGCGAUGAAGGACUUGAGAUCGCGAAGCUUGGGAUUUCGCCGGAGAUCGUAUCUGCUUUGGCUAAGAGGGGUAUUACUAAGCUAUUCCCCAUACAGAAAGCUGUGCUGGAACCGGCAAUGCAGGGGCGAGAUAUGGUUGGUCGAGCUAGAACGGGAACUGGGAAGACUCUUGCUUUUGGAAUCCCCAUCCUGGAUAAAAUCAUUCAGUACAAUGCUAAACAUGGGCGCGGAAGGAAUCCGUUGGCAUUGGUUUUGGCUCCAACAAGGGAACUUGCGAGGCAAGUUGAGAAGGAGUUCCAAGAGUCUGCGCCCAGUUUGGAUACAAUCUGUGUCUAUGGCGGUACACCGAUCUCACAACAAAUGAGGCAGCUUGACUAUGGAGUAGAUAUAGCUGUGGGAACACCUGGUCGCAUUAUUGACCUUCUCAACAGGGGUGCUCUAAAUCUGUCAGAAGUUCAGUUUCUUGUUCUUGAUGAAGCUGAUCAGAUGCUUCAAGUGGGAUUUCAGGAGGAUGUGGAGAAGAUCUUAGAGAAAAUGCCCCAGAAGCGGCAGACCAUGAUGUUCUCUGCAACAAUGCCACAAUGGAUUAGACAACUUGUUCGAAAUUAUUUAAACAACCCAGUAAACAUUGAUCUUGUUGGAGAUUCUAACCAGAAACUGGCAGAUGGUAUUUCUUUGUACGCAAUUGCAUCAGAUACAUGUGCAAAAGCAUCAAUUAUUGGGCCUCUGAUUACGGAACAUGCCAAAGGAGGUAAGUGUAUCGUUUUCACCCAAACUAAACGUGAUGCUGAUCGAUUGGCAUAUGCAAUGUCGAGGAGUUAUAGAUGUGAGCCUUUGCAUGGAGAUAUCUCUCAAAGCCAGAGGGAAAGAACACUUUCAGGGUUCCGAGAUGGACAUUUCAAUAUUCUAGUAGCCACUGAUGUCGCUGCUCGUGGACUUGAUAUACCAAACGUUGAUCUGAUAAUACAUUAUGAACUUCCAAAUUCUUCAGAAAUAUUUGUUCAUAGAUCAGGCCGGACAGGUCGUGCAGGAAAGAAAGGAGCUGCUAUUCUUCUUUACACUAGUGGCGAAACCAGGGCUGUAAGGUCAAUUGAGCGAGAUGUGGGAUGCAGAUUUACAGAGCUUCCUAAGGUUGCAGGCGAUGCAAAUAUAGACAUGUUCAGCGUCGGUGGUGGUGGUCGAUUCGGUUCAUUUGGAGGCACGAGGGAUCGCCGAUCUGAUGGUGGUUUUGGUCGUUUUGGUGGUUCAGGACGUUUCGGAUCUGGCCGUUCUGGCGGCUUUGGUGAUUCUGCUCGUGGAUCUAACUCUGGUAGUUUUGGUUCCUUUGGUGACCGCGAUCGAUCAGGAAGUGGAUUUGGCGGUUCCUUUGGUGACCGUGAUCGUUCUAGAAGCGGAUUUGGCGGUUCCUUUGGUGAUCGGAAUCGAUCUGGAAGUGGAUUUGGCGGUUCAUUUGGUGAAAGUGGUCGAUCUGGAAGCGGAUUUGGUGGGCCUAGUAAAGACCGUAGCGGGAACUUUGGUGGAUUUGGCGGGCCUAGUCGUUCAGGUGGUUUUGGGGAUUUUGGUCUUUCAGAUUGAUCUGAUUUCGGGUACUUUGGCUCCAGCUGCCCCGGGUGAAUCUGGUGUGGAUCCUUCUACCCAAAGCCAAUGGCGGUUUUGGGAGUCCCAUACUAAUCUAAUCAUUCGGGGUGCUUUGGCCGCUUCAAUGACGUCAGGGCCGGCAAGUCAGAACACUUGGGCCGAGGAGAGGAGACCCUUCUAAAAUUUGCUAGUUGUAAGUAUUUUUUUCAUCAUCAAAUAUAUGAGAGGCACUUUCUUCUAGUCUUAUUCUUUUGUUACCGUCCGUACUUACUGGUUCAACAGACAUCUGAUUAUUUAAAAAGCUUCACUAUGAUACUGGGCUCCAAAGGAAGCAUAUUUUUACGUCUCUUAAUAUUUAUUACUAGGUUAGGUUGCCAAUCUAAAUAUAUUAUAAUGCCGAUUUUUGA